UGACUUAGACAGCUGAAGGAGCAGCUUGUAAACCACAGUCCCAUCUGCUUUCUCAUUUUCCUUUGAAAUAAUUAGGUCCCUUAUUUCUUCUGGACAAGGAAAAUUGAACAAGAAUCAAACACUAUAAAACUAUUGCUGUUUGCUGCUUCCGCUGCAGCUGUUCUUAUCUAGUUUUUAUCUCCUUGUCCCCCAAGAUUUGCUAAAGAUGCGCAGCAUGGCAAGCUCCACCUCCACCAAAGGCAUCGCCGCCAUUGUAGGCGUCGGACCUAAGCUUGGACGAUCCAUUGCCCGCAAGUUUGCUCAUGAAGGAUAUACGGUUGCCAUCCUCGCCCGGGACUUAGGAAGAUUGUCAAGAUUUGCAGAUGAGAUAGCCAGGGAAGAGAAAGCCCAAGUGUUUGCAAUCAGAAUAGACUGCUCGGAUUCUAGAAGUGUUAGGGAAGCAUUUGAAGGGGUUCUCUCACUAGGAUUUGUAGAAGUUCUGGUGUACAAUGCCUAUCAGCCAGUUUCAUGGCACCCCACAAACUUCACUGACAUUAAAAUCGAUUCUUUUGAGAAAUCUCUUGCUGUAUCCUCCCUUGGUGCUUUCCUUUGCGCUCAACAGGUACUUCCCGGGAUGGUGGAAAGAGGAAGAGGAACGAUUCUCUUCACUGGCUGCUCAGCUUCACUCAAUGGCAUUGCUGGUUUCUCUGAACUAUGCUGUGGAAAGUUUGCCCUGAGAGCAUUAUCCCAAUGCCUGGCUAGAGAGUUCCAGCCUCUUGGUGUCCAUGUUGCCCAUAUUAUCAUUGAUGGAGUCAUUGGUCAACCCAGGGGGCCAUCGGCAACGCUGAGAGGGUUAGUUGGGGAGCAACAGCAAAGCGGCGUGGGAGGGGAAGGGGCCGUGAUGAUGAUGAUGGACCCUGACGCGUUGGCUCAGACCUACUGGCACCUGCAUGUUCAAGACCGGACCGCUUGGACCCAAGAGAUUGACCUCCGUCCCUCUGUCACCAGAUUCUGUUAGCCAUAGUCAUUCCCUCUCUCUUUCUCUUCCUAUAUCUUCCCAUUUGCUCAAAUCAUUCGCAAGUUCCACUAUCAUUAUCAUAUCUUCAAUAGUUUUCAUUUCUAGUACACUGUUUGAUGCUUUAGAGAUGUUCUUGGCAUCAAUGGCUAUUCAUUUGGAUUUGAAAGUGUCAAUGGAAAUCGCAAAAGCAUUUCA